AGUCAAAGAUUCAAUCUUUUUUUUAGGCCUUUUCUCUUAUAAUUAUGGCUGUUCAAGCACAGUUGUAUUCUGAUAAUUUUUAUCAGAACAAUAACAACAACAACAUGGGCUUCUCUAAUUUGCCUCAAGAUUGGGUUCUGAUGUCAUCUGGUUCUUCACUUUUUGAUGAAAACAAACCAUUUUCUUCUUCUUUUGAAUAUCAUCAUCAACAACAAGAUCAAAGAUUGCUUGACAUGAAUUCUUCUGAUUAUCUAUCAAGAAGAAAUGGGAAUCUUGGAUAUCAAAAUUUGUCUUCUGAGCUUGAAAGACAAAGGCUAGAAAUGGAUUGUUUUCUUCAUUUUCAGAAUGAGAAAUUAAAGGCAGUUUUAAAUGAAGAAACAAGAAAAAGGGAGAUACUUUUGAUGCAAACCUAUGAGUCAAAAAUGAUGGAAAUAAUGGACAAAAAAGAUGAAGUUUUGAACAGAGCAACAAACAGAACAAGAGAGCUUCAAAACCAUUUGUUAAUAGCAGAACAUGAAGCCAAAAAUUGGGAGAAAAAAGCCAUUGAAAGUGAAGCAAUUGUGACAGAUUUAAGCAAGAAACUUAGCCAAAUUAUAGAAAGAAAACAUGAAGAUGCAGAAUCAGUUUGUAAUGGUGGUGAUAAUGAUAAUGGUAAUGAGGAUGAUCAACAUGAACAACAAAGACAAAGAAGGAUGGUAUGCAAGAUGUGUCACGUGAGAAGCUCGUGCGUCCUAUUGUUGCCUUGCAGGCAUCUCUGUUGUUGCAGGGAUUGUGAAAGUUUACUGAGGUUUUGUCCUGUAUGUGGAAGUGUAAAAAAAGCAAGUUUGGAGGUUUUCUUUGUGUAGAUUAUUACAGUAAAAGGGGGGUAAAAUGGUCAGAAAAUUGAAAAAUUACUAUGGGGUUUUGAUGUUACUACUUUUAAUGGGUCUUUUGUUACCAAACAAUUUUUUGUUUUUUGGCAAUGCUAUCUGUAACAAAGAUCCAAAAUGGUUAUGGUUAUGAUGAUGGGAAAUGUAAAGAAAAAAUUGGCGCUUGUAAA